AAAAAAUCGUGCGUGUGUUUCUCGGUGUAGCUCGAGCGCUCCGAUCGAUUUACGCGAAGUUUUUGGUGCUUUCUGGUGUGUUCGAGGGCUUGAUUGUGCACGCAAUAGCAUUAUGAGUAGCAGCACGUAACCGGACAUUGUUGCAGUUCGCGUCCGCAGUGUGGUUUGGUGGAUUUUCGCUUUUUCCACACGACAUCAUCACCCCGUACCGUCGACACGACGAAUCGGGAAGCAACAAGUGGGUAGUAUUGCAUUGUAGAGUGAAGAAUUCCGUUCGGAAGCUGUGGCUGGAAAACAGAUUCUGCUUCCAUCGGCUGACGGCGCAACCCGGCGGUGAAAACAUAAUCGUCCACGGUCGGAAAAACGCAAAACGUGUGGUUUGCAAAACCGCGCGGCAAGCCGUCGUUCGCUCUUCCCAUGCGAAAAAAGAGAAAUAUUUUGAAAGUGCUACUGUUUUUUGACACUUACACACUCACUCACACUAAGGCGAGCGAGCGUUUGUUGCUGUCGGUGGUGGUGUGCGUGCGUACAGUGUAGAAGUGGAUAGAGAAAGAGGAAGAGAGAAAGAGCGAAAGGGAGAAGGAAAGGAGGAGAAGCGCGGUCUAUGCGACGCGUCCAAGAUCGGUGCGCGUGUGUGUGACAAAGAACGAACGAAGCGAGAAUAGCGAGUGCGAGAAAGAGAGUGAAUGAGCGUAAAAAAGGUUAUGUUGGCUGGCACAGAAGUGUGAGUGUGUGUGUGUGUGUGUGUUGGUGAUCGUCGCAUACUUGAUCGCAUAGUUUAGCAACGUUAAAGGCAAGCCAGCGAACAGCGUAAGCAGCGCGGCACAGCAAGCUUUCAUUCAUUCAAUCUCGUCGCCCGAAUUCACAUAAAUGCUUAUGGCAUGGAAUGCACUGUAAUGGCCUUUCGCCAUGCAUUCGACCGUCCCAAACGCUACCUAUGCCAGUUGGCACACAGUCCAACGAGAUGAAAGUACAGUAAAGCACAAUAAACUCUCGCGGUGAACGACUCUACAAAUUGCGUGCAACACAAGUGCGCACGAUCGUAUCUGCGAGCAUAGAGCAGCGAAAACUUAAUAGAAGAAAUAUCCCCGCGGAUGGUGCUACAGAACGAAAGCAAUACGGUAAAGGGUCGGGUACCCGCGGUGCUACAGCAGCAGCUCGCCAGUGGUAAUGGUGACGGAAUUGAUUCGGACCGCAUUAUGGAUAGCACUCACCUAACUGCUGCUGCUGCUGCUGGUGGUCCCACUGAAACAGGCCACAGUCCAUCCUCAUCGAGCACGAGCGGCCAAUCAUCAACGGUUGGAGGAGGAGGAUCAACGUCGAACGGGACCGGUGGUACGGUGGUAGAGCGAAUGUCACACGAGCAACCGGUGAUCAAGCGGCAGCGGAUAGAGCACGAUCGGGGUACGGACAGCACGGACGCAGUAGUAGCAACACCGGCAGCGAUCGUAAGCCCCGAAACGAGGGCGAGUUCCAGUGGGAACUCAUCGAACGCCUCAUCCUCUACCUCCCUCUCAUCCUCGCCUUCCUGCUCGUCGACGAAGCUGGUCCCUUCCUCGCUGGACCACUCGUCGGACGACGAGCAGCAGCAGGUGGUCGUCGCCGGGACGAACGUGGGAACGCGCAGGGAACCACCGGCGGAACAUUAUCAUGCCGCGUUUCAGGAGGCGAUCGGCCGACAGUGUCUGUGUACGAUCGAUUCCAGCGUGCUGCUGCUGUCGUUUAAGGCACACCGCCUCAACUACCAGCACGGGCUACAGUCCGAUGUCGGUGUGGCGGACAUUGCCGCUGCACCGCUGUCCGAAUGGCCGUUCGAGCAUUUGCUCAAGUUCUUGUCGAACGUGCAGCUGCUGUUCGAUACGUACCUGAAGCAGAACAUAAAGGGUAACAUCUGCGCGGGCGUGAUGGAGCUCUGCAACUAUCUGAUUCGCAGUGAGGACCAUCCGCAUCUGCAGCAUCCGCUGCUGCGCAUGUACCGGGUGAACAGCCCCGCGUUUGCAGGGUUCCCAGCGCUGGACAUCGACGAGCUGAUCGGGUUGUGCAGCUGCAACAAUAAGUACGUGAGCUAUCUGGCGGGCCGCAUACUGUCCUCGUUUCUGAUCAUCGUCAAGGACGACCCGGACGAUGACCGGUGGUUGGAGAAGCUUGUGGCGAACCUGUUCGACUUUGGCCAUCUGGAUCUGCACGCGGUGCGGAAAAUUAAUGCGAGCCUUGAGGUGAUUAAGCGAAUCGUCGAAUGGAAGGACGAAACGGAGCAUCCGCUCGAGGAGGAAGCAGCGGGUGUUAGCGGUGCAGCCAGCGGUGGUGGAGCAGCGUCCGGGUCGGCAAACGCAGCCGGCAUCGCACCACCACUGGCGGACAAUUACUUCGCAACCCACUACGCGUCCCAUCAGUACGGCACCGAUGGGGGCGAUGCGGCGAGAAACAUUUUUCAUCCAGCCGGCGGCACCGCAAUGGCCACCACCGAAGCAACGGGCUCUUCCUCGUCGUCGCCCGUGCCGUCUUCGGCAGCGAAAGCAUCGGAACCACCUGUAGCAUCUAGUCAAGAUACGCUGCUCAGUGCCGAUCACCACCUCCACCACCACCAUCACCACCAGCACCACCAUCACCAUCUCAGUGCGAUCGCCUGCCGGUACAUCACGCUCACCGAUUCGGAAAGCUUCGACACGACGCGCAUCAAGUUCGAAACGAUCAACAUUCUCGGUGGCAAGUGGUCCGCAUUGGUAAAGCACAUAAGUUCGCUUAUCCGGGCGCAAGCGAACAGCUCGAACCCGGCCGUAAUGGUAGCGACCGAAACGUGCAUCCUAACGUUCCUAAGGCUAUGGGAAAGUAUUAUCAGCGUAAAGGCGAACCUGUCCGUCGUGGAGACGCAACCGUUCCACUCGCAGCUGGACAACUUCCAGCUUCUGCUGCUCGUCACCAAGAAUGCGGUCAUCUAUCGGCAAAUGUUGACGCUGUUCAAUGAGGCGCUUUGCUACGGCAGUACGCUAGCCCUGCAGGACCUGAUCCCCGAGGAGGUCGGCAGCCUGGCACACAAUAUCGUGCGCUCGGUGAAGGACUAUCGGAUAUUGGACAAAAUGCCCAAAUCAUCGUACAGCAACCAUUUAGGCUUUCUCGGCUAUCAGGGAGAGAUGGUGCGGUACCAGAACCGGCGGCUCGCUCGGUUACACGAGCCGACGGCCGGUGGUGGUGUGUCGGCGGAACAGCAGCAGGGCGUAGUAGUGCUGCCGGCGACACCCGAAACGUGUUACGAUCGUACGUUGCUGCAGAAGAUGGCACUGCUGGUGCUGAAGGCGGUCGCCGUCAUUGUGAAGGAGAUCCGGUGCGAUUCCAGCGACUCGAGCGUCGACAGCAGCGAUUUCGACAUGCAGGAGAUACAGAUGAUCGAGCGCAGCAUACGGGAUGUGGUGAAGAAGCUGGAGACGUUCCUGAAGGUGCAGCUCGAAUUUCACCCGGACAGCCACUUCAGCAAGGUGCUGAUCCAUCUGUUCGACGAUCAGGACGACUAUCUGGUGGAGGCGAUGGUGUGCACGCUGGACGUGACAUCGGGCAUCUCCUUCCGGAACAAUGCAUUUCCGGAGCUGAUCGCGAUGCUCAACCCGGUGUACACGUUCAUCGAGUUCUCCAACCUGGGCCCGAACAUUACGCACCUCUUUCUCGACCUGCUCAUCAGCCCGGAAACGUGCUUUCUGCUGUUUUUGCUACGAUUUUUGAAGUACAUCCGGCAGAACUGGGCAAUGUUUACGCAGAGCUGCUACAAUUACUAUCGCCACAAUAGCUACAGCAAUGCGGCAACGUUGCUGCAGCAUCGGUCGAGCAGUGUGACACUGGUAUCGGCAGGUGGCGGCCCCAGCCAUGGCGUUGGAGGAGGAGGAGGAGCUGAUCAUUCCAGUGGUGUGGUGGGGGCUGGUGGGACGAGCAACGCGAACGUGAUCCUGGACAGUGUGAUGACUGUGUUGAUUAGCUUGCGGUUACAGAUCAGUCGGCUCGUUGCCGACACGCUCUUCCCGUACAACAUUACACCGAUUUUGCGGUUAAUAGAGAACUGCGAAAGUCUGUACGAGGGUAACGAGCUGAGUUGAAUUCGUUCGUAGCCCAAUGGUCGCGCGUCGCGCCGCCUGCCGUCUGUACUAUAUAUACAUGUAUAGAUCGUAAACAAAGCUGUAGAAAGUAUAUGCAACAAACAGUACAAUCUUUUUUCAAGCGGGCCUUCCCGAGCCGAUAGCAAGCGCUCUCUCUCUCUCCGGAUGUGUGUCGCCGAAGGGUCGCCCCUAAAUCUCUCUUUUAAAGCUUCCGUCGGCCGGUCGUCGGUAAUCUUCUCUACUUACUGUUAGUAACUAUAGCCAUUAGUUUGUGGGUCUGACUUGUAAAAAUAAUGCUCACAGAACGUCGAGUUCCACCUUUCGCUAAGAACAUUUCGUCCCCCGGCCUACGGGAUACGGGGACGGUGUACAUAUAUAUAUACAAAUGUGUAUAGAUAAGUUUCGUGUGCCGAGUCUUCCACGUUGCAGUUCCAGUCUAACGUCAAAGUUAAAGACACGGACGGAACAAUAUUCGGUAUAUUCCUUGCCCCACUAAAAUGAUGGUGCUGUCGAAUGCUGCUAAUCUUGCCCCGAAUGAUGAUGAUGAAGAUAAUGUCCACUUCCAUUCCACGCAGUGUUGUACAAAAUGCAAAGAAAUACUCCUCUGACGGAAGAAGCCCGGAAGACCUAACCGUCUAGGCUUUGUAGGCUAGACAAUUUAAAGGGCGCACAGGCGCGAUGGUGGAAGGAGUGUGUGUGUGUGUGUGAGAGUGUAAACUUUACCGGUAGAAAGUUUUAGUUUAAUUUAUAUGUGCCGCGAUAUAUGUAGUGCCUCGAUAAGUGCCUUUUUUUUUUGCUAAACGAAUCGUUCACGGGUCGUAACCCGUCUUGUCACACCCCGUGCCCCCCGGAGUAUGUACGCGUAAUUUAAUUUAUCAUUCAGAGGGUACCGUACCCUUCCCGGACACUCGGCAACACUCGACUGUGUCGAUGGGCGGUCAACAAUGAGCAAGUGGAGUCAAGUUCGGGCGCGUCAAGGGCAGUUAAAAGGCCCCCAAUCCCCCCCCCCCAUUCCAGCAUUAGAGUGUAAUAAACUAUUUAAUUGAUUUUUAAUUUUUGCUUGCUUCUUUGUAGCAAUUCUGGGGCCCUUUGGGGGGGAUAAAUAGAAGAGAAUUAGAAGAGAAACACGUUCAAGCUUCAUGAUGACCAGCCGUGAAAAUAUCGCUUCUCAAGGCUGUCCUACUGAAACCGUUCCGCUUCUCAGCAUUGGUACAUGUUCCAGAUGCGCUGAAUAUCGCCCGCACUCAUCCCGUCCCGCUGUCCAAUCGCAACGUUUGCCACCUUCGGAAGGAUCGUCGGUUGCCCGUUCGCACUGAACGCAAGCGUGUGGUAGUGCAUAACGCUUUCGUAGUCGUAGGCGACCCCGUAGUUGAUGAUGCGAUCCGUACCAUACGACUGGAAGUUACCUUCACGCCCGGGGGCAAUGUUUUGCCACAGAAUGUCCACGUACUGGUCGCGUUCCGUGGCGCUCUGCAUGUGAUAGAAGCCGAGUGCGUGUAUUAGCUCGUGCACGAUCGUCCCGUGCGUGAAGCAGCCGGUACCGAUCGCACUCGGCUGUAGCCGUAGGGCUUGGGCACCUCGAAUACGGCCGACGAAGGAGGAACAGCCGGUUCCGGCAGCGAUUUGAAUGAAAUCGACCGUUGCGGUUGUGGCCGGAACGAAGCGUAGGCAGGUGUGCUGUUCGAUUGCCCGCAUCGCAGCCAGAAUCGCAUUGGUUUGAUCGAA